AUUGUGAGUUGUAACUCACGCUUUUCAUUGUCUUCGCAUAAUUUAUAUAUGUGAAAAAUUGAAAAGGCUGAGGGGGGAGGAUGUCAGAAAAAUCAAUAUUGUUUAAUUUGUGUGUCCAUGCCUUAAAAUGAGUUUCAAGCUGAUGGAAGGCAACAGCAUGGUAUGCUAAAACUGAUUUUAUGGCUAGCAUUUUCUCCCAAUGACUAGACAUUUGCUAACUAAGCAUGAAUAUCCAAAACUGUGGCAUUUAAAAGACUAUAUGUAUAGUUAUUUACCUGUUUUAUCUUCAAGAAUGUUACCAGGGAUGCAUUGCAAGGAGAAACUGAUAUUAUACCAUGAGAAGGGAGAUACAUAACCACAAACAUCCAUGUGUUCUUUGGACUGUAAGUGUGGGCUCAAUGAAGCCAGCAUUUCUAAUUACCAUACAAAAUGGGAAGGUCCAUUGCCUAAAAAUGAGAGUUCCUCUUAUUGCCAUCAGUAUAUGGAUGUUCAUGUGCAUGACAAUAUUUGGAGUUAUUAGUUAUACUUAUGUUUUAUGGAGUCAAUAUUGGCGUACUGCCUUAGAAAAGAAACAAUUGAUGAUUAUGCAUAAUGCUAACUAUUUGCAGCAGUCUGCAUUGUAUGAGAGCCGUGUAUCAAAUAAUGGUGUUCUGAAUUCUCCGAAAGGAAACAAUACAGGGGACGUUCCAAUGGAUAAAUUAAAUAGCAAGAUCCACACAUACAAAAGCCAGUUGCUAAUUCAGCUGCGCAAAGCACAGUUAGUUGCUGGGAAUGUAAUUUUUCAUAAAGAAAAGAAAGAAAGAAAUAUUUACAAAGUAAAGUUUAAAAGGCAAAAAAUGAAAAUUCCUGCCAAAAGUCAACAAGAACUAAUUUGCGAACUCAAGAGUAAGGUAAAGGUUGAAAUGUUGCAUAAAGGUAUUGAACCAUUUCGGACAUUAGGUUAUGAAAAAUAUUUUCCUCAAAAGCCAGUGUUUCAGACUUUUCAGAAGCAUAAUACCUGUGCCAUUGUGUCUAGUGCUGGUUCCAUGUAUAGGUCCAAGUUGGGAAAGGAAAUAGAUUCUCAUGAUAUCGUACUUCGCUUUAAUAGUGCUCCAACAGAAGGGUAUGAAGAUGAUGUAGGAUCCAAAACAAGUAUACGAUUCUUAAACUCUCAAGUUGUUUCUAAACCUGAGUUUGACUUUUUUAAUUCUGCUUUAUAUCGGAAUAUUACCUUAAUUGUGUGGGAUCCUUCAAAAUACCAUGGCUCUUUAGAUGAGUGGUACAAGAAACCGGAUUUUGACCUAUUUUCUUCAUACUGGUUACAUCGGGAAGUAUAUCCUGAGCAACCAUUUUAUAUCUUGCACCCAGAGGUGGUAUGGAAUGCGUGGGAUUUCAUCCAGACUAACACUUUAGUACCUGUUGAACCAAAUCCUCCUUCAUCAGGAUUUUUAGGUCUCUUGGUAUUGUUGCAGUUAUGCAAUAUUGUCGAUAUUUAUGAGUAUGUACCUUCAAUGCGAUUGACAAAACGCUGUCACUAUUUUGAUGUUCAUGAGGAUAUUGGAUGUACUUUGGGUGAUUGGCAUCCUCUUGCAUCUGAGAAGCUUUUAUCACUUGCUCUGAAUGAAGGUUCAGAUAAAGAUAUUUUUGUAACUGGUAAAAUUAAACUGUCUGGUUUCAGAAAACAAGUAUGCUAAAUCUUGAAGUUGAAAGUUACAACUAGUUUUCAGAUAUGUUGAAGUAUUUGUGUUUUCUUUUCCCAAUUGGAAAAUGAUUUUUUUCGUUUGUUUACAAAUGAAGCAUGAAGCACAAAAGAAAAACCUUUUUUUUUAAUGAGAUGCUUGGUUAGUUGAAACUUCAGUGCGGUGCUUGUGAUUGACGAAUGUAAAAGGCAUAAAAUGACUUUAUAUUAAAAUUCCGUUUAUCCAUACUAAUAGGGAUGGAACAGUUUAGGUACUAGAAGUCUUGAGACAAUCACAAGAUAUCACCAUGAAUGUGUCAAAAGUGUUUCUUUUGUGUUUGUUCAAUACAGAAGUUGAGUGUCAAGAUUCUGCCUCUUGAGAAGUCAAGUGUUAUUUUUGAAUUUUGAAAGAAAUUUUGCUUGAACUUAAAAUGGAUGUUUAUAAUAUUUAAUUUCCAUAAUGUCAUGAAAAUUUUCAUUUAUGUAUUUUUAUAUGUAAAUGGUGUAGUGCAUAGACACCUGUAAUUGAAUCCUUGAUAUAUGUUAAAUUUUGACAUAAAUCCUUUUUGUUGCAUAGAUAAGUGUAAUAAGAUUAUGUAAUUUCAUUGCCUUUGUAAAUCUGUGUACUUUCUCAUGUUCCAUUUUUGGUAAUGCCCAGGAUUUGAGCAGUUGUGAAUUAAACAUGACAGCACAAAAGUUUUGAUAGCAUAUGCCUAGGCAAGAAAAAUGGGUUUCUUUGGUAAGUGUUAAAGAGAAUUUUUAAAUUAUGUUUAUAUCUAUUUAAAUUAUUUCUUAGAAAUUUGUAACAUUUCUGUUGCUAAAAUGUGGAUUUAAGGAAGAGUUAAAUUUUGUAAAUGUUCUUUAUAUUUGUUCCUUAUCUUUUUGUUAUGAUGCUUCUUGGUUACAUUAAAAUAAAUGAAAUAACAUCCAGUCUACCAUCACAAAUGUAUAAUAAAUGCUUUAAAUGAAUACAUAAAUUGAACAUUUUAAAGAAUAAAUUGUUCAUUUUACAUUGUUUCAGAACGUUGAAAGAAAGAUGAAAGUAGAAAAAAAGGUUAAAUGAAACUUACAGGCAUUGCUUCUGAAAAGCAAAUGAAAUAUUUUUCAUAUUUAAUCAAGAUCACACUUACUGAAAAUCUGAUUUUUAUUUUUGCUUUUUAUAAAAAUUUAAAUAGCGAAACAUUAGUGAUAAAUGUUAUUUCUUAAAUUUAGCAAGCAUUUCAUAACUUAGUAAAGUAAUGAAAUCAUGAUAGGGCAUUAUUAUUACUUUCAACUGGAUGUCAGAUUUUAUUAAUCAUUAGAGGUUUUAAUAUGAACAGAAUUUCAAUUACACUACAAAGUCUGAAAUCCGGACGUCCAAUAUCCGGACCUCAAAACCACCAACAACGUUUUUUUUUUUUUUUGUAGUCUUUAUGCAUGCACAUUUGAUUCCCCCCUUCGCACAUAAUAAAACAUCUAAAGAGUCCCGAUUCUUAAUUUCCCCUCGACACUAAAUAAAAUAACUUGUUAUUGAAGAAACAAUCAUGUUAGCAUAAAUUUGUACAAUCAGUAAUUUGGCUCCGUUGCUGCAUACCUGGUUGGCACUCAUGUCAAAACGAAACAUCCCACAUAGAUACAUCGUUGAUCUGAUCAUGCCAACCUGGCGAAUCGUUAUUUAUUAUACUUUCCUUUCAUAACUGCAUGUUUAUCAACACAUGACAACUUGAGUAAUGACUCAUGUAGUGAUGUC